GCCGGCAUCGCGUGCGCGCCCCCGCUCGCAGGGUCGUGCACGUAGAUCGGGAGUGCGCGCGGUCGCUCGCGUAACAGUCACUUUCUGGUGUCGGGCCCGCGCGCGGAGGGAGCUGGGCCCGCGUGACUGUGUUCUUAAAGUGAACAACCUGUGCUGUGUCAUCAUCUAAGACGGCUAUAACAUGAAAUAUAUGGCAGAAUGCAGAGAAUGGGUGGUGAUGAUGAUGAUGACGACAUCCCUCAGCUUUCAUCCCAUACGCUGGCUGCCCUGCAGGAGUUCUACAGAGAUCAGCAACAGAGAGAGGGCACAAAGAUCUCCCAAGGGUUUAAACAGUAUUCCAUUGGCUCAAUAGACGAGGACUGGCAGUUGAGCCAGUUUUGGUAUGAUGAUGAAACUGCAUUGUGCCUGGCUAAUGAAGCUAUUCUGGCAGCUGGAAGAGGUGGCAGAAUAGCGUGUGUUAGUGCUCCAAGUGUUUACCAGAAACUGAAAGAACAGGAUGACAAAGAUUUUUCAGUGUGUAUACUGGAAUAUGACAAAAGAUUUUCUGUAUAUGGAGAGGAAUUUAUCUUCUAUGACUACAACAAUCCGUUGAAUUUACCUCGAAAUCUCAUACCACACAGUUUUGACAUAGUAUUAGCAGAUCCACCCUAUCUGUCUGAGGAGUGUCUCAGAAAAACAGCAGAGACAAUCAAAUACUUAACAAAAGGAAAGAUUCUGCUCUGUACAGGUGCAGUCAUGGAAGAGCAGGCAGCGAAGCAUCUUGGUGUGAAGAUGUGCAGUUUUACUCCAAAACAUGCGCAGAACUUAGCCAAUGAAUUUCGAUGUUAUGUGAAUUAUGAUUCUGGACUAGACUGUGAUUCUAGCUGUUCAGAGUGUACAUAAAAUGAGCACAAUAGUAUAUCAGUCAAGUCCAUUUAUUCCUUCUUUCAGCAAUGUCUGCAGUCCUCAUUGUUUUAUUAAAGAUGUUGCUCCAGGUAAUGGUUUCUGGGCUAGCUUUAGACAUC